GAAGUAUUUUAUGGAAUGAAAAACUAGUGUUAUUGUAGAUGUACAGAGUACAGGGAAAUUGGCUUGCACACAGUACAAGUUUCAGUAGUUUAUACGAGAUAUACAUCCAAUAAGCACCACGUUUCAUUGUCUACGUGCAAGUAUUAAACAAAGAAGGGGUUUAUUUAAGCGUCUCCGCCUCUCGCCUGAUUUAGGAUUAAGGGAGGUUACAAUAAACUUUAUUUACGCAGUAGUAUCGUAACUUAUAGGUUGAUUCGAGUGAAACGAGAUGCUUUUUCUUGGAAGAAAGAAGUGAUGUCGACCAAAUAAGUGUUUUAGACCAACAGAUGCUGGAUCCCUUACUAUCACUCAGGAAGCUUGAGUGAAGUGUGCCUAUAAUAUUGUUGGACAUCACUCAAUAGUAGUUCCAUGAAACUUUUAAACUUUUCACAAGAUGACAAGUGCGACGAUGGAGUGCGACGUUUGUAACGAGAAAUUUGACUCGGGCAACCACAAGCCUCUUUGCCUGACCUGCGGCCACACCUUUUGCUUAUCUUGCAUUACAAAUUUAUUGAAACACCCUGGAACCCGAAAUUGCCCACAAUGUAGAAAACAAUUUCCCCAACAUAUUGAUCAAAUGAUGGUCAACUACGCAUUGAUUCCUUCAGAAAACACGACGCGCCCACAUCCUCCGAGCUCACAGUCAGAGGCUCGAUGCCCCCAUCAUGGGAAGGCGCUGGAUUACCUGUGCGUGGACUGCAUGGAACUCGUGUGCUUCACGUGCACCAGGAGCACGCACGUUGCGCACAAAAUUGAGGUGAUAGACGACCUUCUUAGAGAGGAUAAAUUUUUGAACUCAUGGUCGAAAAUACAGACCACAAUACACGAUAAACUCGUUCGUGUGAAUAACUUAGUCUCCGUAUCAGACGAUAUUUUGAGUUUGAUUUAUGAAAUGAAGACUGAAUUUGAAGGAUGGAAGGAUUCGCUGCUGGCCCAAAAAAUCUCAACAGAGCAAGACUUCCAGGCCUGGGGUGCCUUGGCCACCGGUGUGGUUGAGAAUAGGCGACAUGAAUGCAAGGAAAUUCUUUGCCGUCUAAAGUUGAAACCUCAAGAAAAUAUGGCGAUACCAGCGAUCAAAGCGAGGUUGUCUGCAGCAUUGAAGAAAUGUGAUUCGUUACAGAUUCAAGGGCCUGCUGUUAAGGCGACGGUGCGACAGUGCGCCGGCUCUGGCGCGGCCGUGCUGCGAGUGCGAAACGACCUUCAGGCGACGCCACCGCAAGGCGCGACUGCGGGUGCGACUCCUCGAACAUUCCAGGCUCCUGGGCCGACAUAUGAGCGCGGUGUGCCUUGGACAGUCACCAGGUGGGAUGAAGGACAGCGAGCUGUCAUCAGGCUGUGCAACAACAUCAAGCCCAGUCGCCUCGUGGUGCUGUCCACCCACACCCGCCCCAUUUCGGGCCUGGGGGAGCUGGUCACCCACCUCGCCGACCACCAUACUGGCGACAUCAGCGUGCUGCCCCUGGACUCCUUCUGGAGGCCGGCAGGACAGUCGGAUGGAGGCAUGGGAGCCAUCAUCAACAAUUUAAGGUACAUUGGUCAAUAG